AAGAUAUUGACUUGGCUUGACUAUCCUCAGAUGAUAAUCGAUAAUGCUACUCCGUCAAUACUGGUCCAUUCAUUCGUGAAAAGUAGGAGCGACACACUGGCAAAAUUCAGGGGUACGCCGUUGCGUACAAAUCGGACCAAUCUCUACACAUACUCGGAUGGUCAGGAGUUCAUGAGACAUGCAAGUGGAAACCAUUAUUAGACCUGCAUAGCGUCAUUCAAGUAGAGGCCAUGGUGAGCGAAUGUGUUGUCGACAAGCUCAAGGAGGAUACAUUUCGAAAGUGUCACAUCGACUGCGAAUUUUCAAACUGGGGUACAACAACAAUGCACAAGCCAGGCCGGGUCGACUUGUUGUAACGCACUAUCAUGGCCAGUCAGCUUAUCGAAUCAACGCAGCCUGACGGCCCAUGGCCAAGUUUUCAGGCGAGCCCCUCGCCCGUGCCCUACACAGUUGCCCUUGCCAUCAAUCGUGUAGCCACUCCAGAUCACUGUAACGCAAUCGGUCCAGAGGAGCAAGAACGCAUGAUUGAAGUUUUCAUGCGAGAUGUUGUACCAGUAUUGAUUGCCACAGGUCACUGGUACCUUUCAAUCGCUUCGACAAGGACCCUUCUGCCAAACCUGACGUCGUCAUCAUUUGCAUUGCGUCUUGUGCUUUGCGCAUUAGCCGUCCUUCUCGAGAACCCUGGCCCCGAUCAAAUCAAGCAAGAAACACCAUGGACAAGUGAUCAAACGCUCGCUCAAUACUGCUAUAGCCAUGCUCUAGAUGCGCUCAUUGAGCAGGUCCCACCCGGUGAAUUGCCAGGAGAUGCCGAAUUGGCAACCCUGGUCAUGCUCGUCUUUUGGGAGAUGUUCACCGUCGGCCCCAGCUCAGAUCAUCGACUGCAUAUCUUUGGUGCUCGGCCUAUUCUACAGCGGUUUGCAAUGGAAGUGGACAACGCAGAAUGCUCAUUUCAGGAUGGUCCAAGCUGCUUGCGACUUGCACUGAGCUAUAGCAUGCGAAGCCUCGAUCUGGCCUCGUCGAAAUGGAAUGCAUGCAGUAAUUUGUUGCUCGAUGGCAAGCCCUGGGACAUGCAGGCCGUUAUCACUACUAUGCUCAAGAAACGGCUCGCAAUGGCUAGAGAGAAUCGAUUUCAUGCGUCAGAGGCACGCUGUGACUUACUGAUGAUUCAAGCUGGGAUUGGGCAGUUGUUUGAGUGGAACAAUGCGACUGGCGUUGAUGCAAAGGCAAUGACAGACUUGAUUGAGCUCAUUCGCUCGGCACUUGAGGUCUGGUCGGGUAUCCUCGCAGAUUGCAUGGCUGCCGCACACGCGAUGGGUGCAGACAACGAGCGCUCUGAGGAACAAAUGGCGCUCCUGUCAUAUUGUGGGACAGUGAUUUACUUCUUUCAAGCAAGCAGUGGGACGGCCAUCCAGGUGUCAUGUACAUCAAAAGCAACAAAAGCCAUCUUCAAAAUCGUCGAGACGCUUCAUCUGAAUUCAGAUGACCAGUCCCUGGAUAUGCGCAUCAUCUGGCCAGUCUUCAUGGCAGGGACCAUGACUGUUGAUGCAGUGGAGAGAUUGAUGACCCUACAGAUUCUCGACAAGGUCUCUAGGACGGGAUUGUCUGAUGCAGGUGCACGGGACAUUUUGCUCUCAGUGUGGCAGGAGGAGGUGGACGAGGCAAAUACAUUCAAACGCGAUGCAAAAUUGAGCAGUCAUACCCUCAAUAGUCAACCCUCACAAAGCCCUCAAAUCCUCGGAUCCCGUGUUCAAGUGCCCUCAAUUGCCCUCAAGCCCUCUGAUAAGUAG